GGGGGGGGCGGCGCCGCGCGUAUCCCGGCCGGGCCCCGCCAUGUCCGCCGAGUGGCUGCGGCGCUGGCGGCGGGGCGGCCCCGCCGAGCGGCCGGGCGGCACGCAGGGGGGGCCUGGCCCGGGCCCGCCGCCCACCGCCCUCCGCUACCGCCGGCCCAAGUUCCUGCGCGGCGUCGAGGAGAGCCCGCGGGGCGGGCGGGCCGUGCGGGGCACCGGGCCCGAGCGGCCGCUGCCCUGGGGCGCGGGCUACGCCGAGGUUAUCAAUGCCGAGAAGUCAGAGUUCAAUGAGGACCAGGCAGCCUGCUGUCAGAUCUCCAUCCGGAGGAGAGAGCCAGGCCUGGAGGAGGACGAGGAAUGGCUGAUCCUGUGCUCCACGCAGUUUCUGACUGGUUACUACUGGGCCCUGUUUGACGGCCAUGGUGGCCCAGAAGCUGCCAUCAUCGCCUCCAACUAUUUGCACUACUGCAUCAAGCAGAAGCUGGAGGAGGUUGUGGGAGGCAUCACAGAGGUCCAGCCCCCCAUGCAUCUCAGUGGACGCUGCGUUUGCGACAGUGACCCCCAGUUCGUGGAGGAGAAGCACAUCCAUGCAGAAGACCUGGUGGUGGGAGCCCUGGAAAACGCCUUCCAGGAAUGUGAUGAAGUCAUCGGCCAGGAGAUGGAAGCUACAAAUCAGACAGGAGGCUGCACUGCUCUGGCUGCCCUUUAUUUCCAGGGAAAGCUGUAUGUGGCUAAUGCUGGGGACAGCAGGGCAAUUCUCGUUCUGAAGGACAGCAUCGUGCCCAUGAGCUGCGAGUUCACACCUGAGACCGAGAGGCAGCGACUGCAGCACUUGGCUUUUCUUUUCCCCAAGCUCCUGGACAGCGAGUUCACACGCUUUGAGUUUCCACGGAGGUUAAAGGGAGAUGAUGUGGGCCAGAAAGUCCUGUACCGGGAUUACUUCAUGGAGGGCUGGGGAUACAAGAUGGUGGAGAAAGCUGACCUCAAGUACCCUCUUGUCCAUGGUCACGGGAAGCAGGCUCGCUUGCUGGGGACUCUGGCUGUCUCUCGAGGUCUGGGGGAUCAUCAACUGAAAGUCAUCGAUACCAACGUUGAAGUCAAACCUUUCCUCUCCUGCAUUCCCAAGGUGAAUGUGUUUGACUUUGCUCUGCAUGACAUUAAGGAAGACGACGUCCUCAUCAUGGCAACUGAUGGCCUUUGGGAUGUUCUGUGCAAUAAAGAGGUGGCCCAUAUGGUCAGGACCUUCCUUGCAGAAAACAGGACAGAUCCUCACAGUGGGGGGAAAGUGAGCAAGCAAGUGAGCAACUGCAUGAUUUUCAGAAUUGGCCAAGUGCUUGGUAUGCAGAGCAAGGGGAAAGGAGAGAGGCCACCAGUGGAUGCUGGAUGACAGCCACGAGGCAUCCUACGAUGACAUCUCUGUAUUUGUCAUCCCAUUACACAACAGGAAUGAGGACUGACUGUCAGCAUGACACAGGAUCUGUGUCCCCCUACUGUGGUGCUAUUCAGCAUCAACCUGCAACCAAGGGAUUUCUGCUGUGCAUAUUGCACUCUCUUCCAGCAAAUCCACCUGCACUGCAACCUGAAAAUGCACAGCCAGCAAUCAGAAGAUCAACAAGAACAUUAGCUCCUUAAGAACAUGCAAGAGAGCAACGGUCAGCAACUAAUCAUUCCCCUUAGUCCUUUCUCAUUGGGACAAGGAGGAAUUGCAAAGGGGGCCAUGCAAGCUGAAGGGCACUAUUUCUAAGAUCUUUGCGGUACAGUGAGACUCAAAUCCACAUUUCCAGUGUCCCCUCUCCCUUUUUAUUAUUGAAAAAUUAGGGUCAAUUGAGAUCCAACUAGCCUCAGGAGCUGGCUUUUUAAUCAGACUUGAAGUCAGUCGUGUAAAACUGGAUGCAUAAGCUAAAACAUCUCGUAUCCAUUUGCUGUAACACGAGAUUUAUUGAGAACCCAGGAGCUGCUGCUAAGACAGCAUUAGGCAUGGCUGUGCCUGCGAAAUGCAAAUGCUGAAGCAGAAGCCCAGACCUCUUGCUUGAGAAAGUUGCCAUUUCUAGGCCAGACCACCUCCAAACAAUGUUAGCAGGUGAAGCUACACAUUGCUGUUGUACAGGAGCCUCCUGUGUAAAGAUACAUGCCUUGCUGUUAUUUAAGAGCAUUUAAGUAUACUAGUAUGUAAUGCAACAUACAGAUUUCUAACAAAUCUUAGUCCACAACACUUGCUAACACUUUUUCUGUUCAUUCAGGUAAUUUCUGACAGCAAAGCUCGUUUUGUUGCAGCAUCACUGAUGAGAACUGAAGUGUUUAAGUACAUCAGCUGAUUUAGUAGACGAGCUGCAAGUAAACUGGGUUUGUUCAAAUUUGUCUGCAGUGCUGAAUCUCAAGCACUUAAUUACAAACAGGAGCAGCAGUGCAGAAGACUACAUGCCAAACAAGAGUUAUGCCUUAAACUCCAAGGAUCUGCUUCUCAACCUGUUCAUUAGCCAGGCAAACUCAGGCCUGGGCAAGCUUCCCAUCUCCCCAAAACCACUUUGGUUUUCAUCAUUCAUUGCACAAGUUGCAAAAUUCCCUAGUGACACGGACAAACCCCAGUGUGUGUUUAAGUUCCACAAGGAUGAAAGUCCAAAUAAAAAUUCUUUUUUAAUGCA